AGCUGGUGGGUUGUUCAAAUUCAAUUCUAUAGGGUUGAGUUUAAAUAUCACUCUAUUCAACUCAUUGAUUUCAAUAUCAAUCUUUUACUAGUCAAAGUAACUUGUGUCCAAGAAUUCGAACUAAAAUGUCUACUAAAGUUUAUAUCAUUUCUCAAUUGAAUGCUAAAAAAGUUAAAGAUGAAUUAGAGAAAUUAUAUCCGAAAGAUGUUACCUUUGAACUGGUGCCAAUAAGUAAGGCCAAGGAAGGUAUAUUCAUCCGUGACUUGUGGUUGGAACCAGAAGAUUUGGAGAGACUCAAGGAUGCCGAAAUAAUUCUUGGUGAUAACAUGUUUAUGCCUCAGAUUUUAACAAGUUGUCCAAAAUUGAAAUGGAUUCAAGGAACCUAUGCUGGAGUGGAUACAGUCUUUCAUCGUCUUCCUAAAUUUUUCAAAUCGGGAGAGUUUCCAUCAAUACCGGCAGCUCGAUUCUCUGGAAAAAGUUUUGGUAAACUCAUGUCUGAUUACUGUUUAGGUUAUAUUAUUGCUGUUGAAAGAAAUUUCAUCAAAUUUCGAGAUAAUCAACAUACUCGAGAUUGGUCAAUAUUGUUAUCCCAACAAUCUGGUUUAAUUUAUCGAAGUUUAGAUGAAAUAACAGUAACUGUUCUUGGCUUUGGUUCUAUUGGUAAAGAUAUGUGUAAAUGUUUCUCUAGUUUAGGUUGUAAGGUGACUGCUUUUGCUCGUAGUCCUAAACCCAAGAAAGAUCUAGACUCGAACGGUGUUACCAAUUUCACGACAAAUCUUUCUGAUGCCUUAUCCAAUACUGAUUACAUUGUUGCCAUCUUACCAGAUACACCAGACACAAUUGGACUUUUAAAUGGAAAUGUGCUCAGUGUUUGUUCAGCUAAAAAGCCAACUUUGAUAAAUGUUGGUCGAGGUUCUCUUAUUAGUUCAGUUGAUGUAAUUAAAGCUCUUGACAACGAAUGGAUUUCAAAUGCUGUUCUAGAUGUUUUCGAAGUUGAACCGCUGCCUGCUGACAAUCCUCUUUGGACUCAUCCUAAGGUUAUAAUGACACCACACAUAUCCGCCUUGACUAAACCUAAAGAUUUAGCUGAAGUUUUCCGUAAUAACUUUGAACAUUUUAAAAAAGGUGAACCUUUAGAAUUGUUAAUUGAUUGGAAAUCUGGUUAUUGAUUCAAAAACCUGAAACCAAGCCAUAAAAGUAAACCUUUCCAUAUAGUUUGUUUAAUAUAUGCAUUUAUAUUAUCCAGAAAUUUUUAGAUAUUGACAUUCAUUUAUUAUUAUUGGUUUCUGUUUAUUACGACAAUAAAAUAUGUUACUUGUAUGUUGCAGUUUUAGUUGAACAUGAUUGUCACCAUGUUAAAUCCACUUCAAUAGAUAUUUUAAGAUAAUGAUUCACACCUCCAAGGAUAUCAAUAAUCUAUUCAGUUUAUUGCAAUAAUAAAGAAAUCUUUUAUACACUUCAA